AAGCAUAAUAAUGAGAAAAGUAUCUCCACGCCUUAAUCUCGCUAUCUUUUGAAAUCUCAUCUCAUUCGCCAACCACUUUUCAGGUUUUUUCCCAGUUCAAUUCUCAAACCCUAAUCCCCAAUUAUGUUCCCUUCUAUCCUAAACCCUAUUUUCUCUCAAAUUCCUAAAUCUCUUUUAUUCAAUCCGGUCACAGAGUAACUGUGGGUGUCCAAUAUCCAUGUUUCUAUCCAAGGUAAACUGAUGACUUCCCAGGCAAGGAAACUGAUUCCUGAGGGUUGAAAUAUUGACAUUCUGGUCUAUAUAAUGUAAGCUAAAAUGGAGAUUAUGUGUGGGUGGGUCAAUAUUUCUAUAUUCUAUUCUGAGAUGCUUUAUCCUUUCCUCCCCAUGCAAAGAAUAUUUAUUGAAAGUUUGCAUUGAUUUCAUCACCUUGCUUGCACUUCAAUUAUGUACCUUCUCCUUUGGAAUGUUCCCUUUUACUGAGACUUUUGGAAUGAAAUGGUCAAAUUAUUGAGCAUGGUAGUCCAAUCCCUAACCCUAAUUAUAUAUCUGCCUAUUUUGAUAACUACCCUUUUCUUAAUUCAUUGCUGUUUUGUCCUGUGAGUUGAGCUUUUGAUUGCUUGGCAGCUCUUAGCUUUGGCCCUCUGUCGCCUGUGAAAUUUGUCUCCUUUCUCCUCAAAUUUGUGCUUUUCUUGUAAUACACGUCUGGUAAUAACAUAAUGGGUAGAUAGGAAAAAGUAGAGUUGCAAGUUGGUAUAUGAACGUUCUUGUCAAUCAAAUUCUGCAGAAAGAAUCCGAGUAGAGAAUAAUGGUGAUGUUAUUGACUUAACAUCUCAACAAAUGCAAGUGGGAGAGAAGUUUCAAGCCCUUGCUUGAAGGGCUAAUUAGCAAUAAAUCGUAUCGAAAUUUGUACUGAAAACGUUAAUGAGAAUAUUUUAUUCUGAAAUUGUGAUUCACGCGUUUCAUGUUACCGCUAACUGAUCGGAGAUUUUUCUCGUCAAACCACUGAUACGGUACAGUUUUUCAAUUUACUCAUUAGUAAUAUGAUAUUUUGGACCUAACGUAUCUUUAAGUGAAUUCUCUCUAUGUUUGCUUAUAGGUCUCUGUAUCUCAAAUAAUUUAGUUUCAGUCGUGUUAUUCAGUCUCUCCCUAUUUAAUUUCGUAAGUGUUUUUCCAUUAUUUUAAUACAAAAUCAUGGUUUUUCCAUUAUUAUUUUUGGAUCACAUGUUAGAACGAGUCGACUUUUAGAACAAAAUCACUCUACCUUAGUCGUGUCAUACUCGUUCUGCUUAGUAAUGACAAUGCGGCGGGUCGGGGCAGUAUCUCGGUAUCCUUACCCACCCCCGGUAUCUAUUUACAACCGUAUUGUAAUUAAAAUUUGAGGUAAUAAAUAAAUAAAAUACUAAGUAAUUUGUGUAAAAUUAUAUAAUAAUUUAAACAAUAACAAUUGAGAACGGAUGAGGUUAGAGACAUUGUCCACUCACCAGUCACCCCAUCCCGCCCCAAAACAAACCAAACAGGUCAUAUAGAACGGAUUAGGUUGAAAUUGUCAUCCCUAACCCUGCUUUGUGCCACACCAGUAAAGGCUAGUAAAGUGUCUGGGAGAGCACAUUUUGACAGGAACAAAUGGUGCAUGCUGAUAUAUCCACUUUUGUCUUCCUUUGUCUGGGUGAUUGCUCUUGAUGGAAACAUUUAUCCUUGAGACAUCCUGAGAUCCUAAGCAAAGGUGGGUGACAAUGAAGUGAAAGGAACCCAUGCCAUGCCAGAUGCCACCAUCCCCCACUGAAUUCUAUGCUGAAACACUUUCCACAUUUGUUUAUGGUUUCCUUCAACUUUUUUCCAUCAGGGAGGAGGUGAAGUUGUCUUGUCAUUUUGUGUUUGGUUCCUUCUCCAGGAGAAUCAUCUCAUAUCAGUAUGUUAUCAAGAUGGGGCUUAGAGAAAAUGAAUUCUCUUUCCCUUAUAUUAAUCUCAAAUUAUCAUCAAGUUUUGUCCUUGGAAUGUCUCUGUACUACCAAACCUCACAUGGUGUUAGAAGUUAUUUACCAUCAUCCCCAAGUUUGUUCUUCUUGCUCUCUUUGUGUCUUCUUCCCCUAUUAAAUUUGGUAUUAGGUGGUGGUAAGUGACAUUGAUUUGAAAGCCAAGAUACCAACUUUCUGAAAGAUUUGGGGAAUUGGGUAAUGCCCAUUUUAUCAACUCAACCUCCCACAUGAUUGUGUUGAAGAAACCCAUCGUAUUGGCCAGUCAGAUUGGAAAUACAGAGAAUUGGACCUAAAUUUGUAGGAGGUUUUAGAGAUAGAAAAUCGGUUGAAGUAAAUCACAAUUUUAAUAUAAAUACUCUAUUGAUUUGCAUUUGAAAUUUGGAUACAUGAAAGCCAGCCCCCAAAUAGUUAGUGCACAAGAGCAUCAUGAAAACAAAGCCAUUAGCCGCAAAGCAACUGUAGCACCCAUCCACUUGUAGCCAUUAAGACACAAGGUAGAAUGAACCUGGCUAGUAGCUGGUCCAUCAAAGAAAUUUUGGGUUACCUCUAGCUUGACUCUUCUGUUUUACUAAAAAUUUCAACUUUCUUCUGGUUCUUUCUUUACAUAAUGGGUUUGUGCCUAUUUAUCAAUGUUAUCAGGUUGACUUUAGGUUUGGUGUAACUAUCUGAAUCUUGUCUGAAGUCAAAGCUCUACUUAAUCAUUUGGAUGAACCCUAAUUGUCCCUCUCUCUAUCUGCAUAAAAACUGUCUGUUAGUUAAUGUGAACAUGAGAACCCCCACUCAAUGCGAAGGUAUGCUAAUGAAAUGGGGCAAUCUCUUCUUGUACCAUACAAUGGCUAGAGAGAGAGAGAGAGAGAGAGAGAGAGAGAGAGAGAGAGAGAGAGAGAGAGAGAGAAGUCACCUUUAGGUUGAGUAUCCAUCCAACACAAUUCCCAUAACUUUUAUCUUAUCUGCUAAACAUUCUGAUCCCAACUCCCAUAAUUCCCUGCAGAGAAAAAGGUGGCCAGCCUUUUCAGCAGAAACUGAGAAUGAAAAAAGAAAAGAAAGAUUCCAACAACUACUGAUUUAUCCAUAUUCAACUUUUCUCCACUGAUAAUGAUUUAUGCAGGCCCUCCUUCAACUGAACUAUAUAAACCAACUCGUGUCAUUUUUCCAGUACAUCCAAAACCUCGUAUUCUCUCAAUCUCAUUCCUUCCUUCCUUUGUCAUCCCAUUUCUUCUUGUUCCCUCUCUUCCUUUUCCCAAGCACAGGGAAGAAGACAAUGAGUCACAUUUGAAGCCAAAGAUACCAUCUUUCUUAUGAAACUCGAUAUGGGUACCAUCCAAAUCGCGCUAAUCAUUCUGUUUAUGUCAGUAAUCCAUGCUGUUGCAGCAGCAGCUUCAACACCCUCCCUCGAGCUACUGAGAGUCAAGUCAGAAUUGGUUGAUCCCACGGGAGUUCUCCACAGUUGGUCUCCAGAAUCUCACUUCUGCAGGUGGAAUGGAGUCGAGUGUUCAGAAGAUCAAACCCAAGUUAUAGCCCUGAAUCUAUCAGACUCCGGAUUAUCAGGUUCCAUCUCGGCGGAGCUUUGGAAUCUAACUUCACUAGAAACGCUCGAUUUGUCAUCAAAUUUCCUGAACGGCUCGAUCCCUGUCGAGAUAGGAAAGCUUCAGAGUCUAACAGCACUCCUCCUCCACUCCAACUACCUCUCUGGUGAAAUUCCUCAAGAGAUUUCCCGUCUGAAGAAGCUGCAGGUUUUGAGAAUCGGAAACAACAUGUUAACUGGGGUGAUCACGCCGAGAAUCGGUGAGUUAACCGAGUUGAGAGUCCUGGGCUUGGGCUACUGCCAGCUAAACGGGAGUAUUCCGAAAGAGCUUGGGAAUCUGAAGCAAAUGGAAUCUCUUUUCCUGGAAGAGAAUCAACUCCAAGGUCCCAUCCCAGAAGAAAUUCAUGGCUGCAAAAACCUUCAGACUUUCGUGGCAUCAAACAACAGGCUUGAAGGAACCAUCCCAGCUUCACUAGGGAGCCUUCCAUCGCUGGAAAUACUCAACUUGGCAAACAACAGCCUCUCGGGUUCAAUUCCUGCUGAUUUAAGCCAUCUCUCUAGCUUGCAGCACCUCAACUUGUUAGGGAACCGACUGAAUGGUUCGAUUCCAGCUGAGCUCAACCAGUUGGGUCAACUCCAGUGGGUUGACUUAUCAUUCAACAGGCUUUCAGGAAGCAUAACACUGCUAAGUAGCCAGCUGCACAAUCUUGAAGCUUUGGUUCUUUCAGGUAAUGACUUGAAAGGCAGCAGUGUCAUUCCUAGCAAUUUCUGCAGCAGCAGUCAGUCGAAGCUCCAAAAGCUCUUCCUCGCUCAAAAUUAUCUCUCCGGUACCUUCCCUUUGGAGAUACUGAAUUGUCUCUCCCUCCAACAACUAGACCUCUCAGAAAACAACUAUGAUGGAGAUCUUCCUUCCGCCAUUGGAAAGCUGCAGAACCUCACCGAUCUUUUUCUGCAGAACAACAGCUUCAGUGGACAGAUACCUUCAGAAAUUGGAAACUUAACCCAGUUGGAGAAUCUCUACAUGUUUGACAAUGCAAUCAGAGGGAAUCUUCCACCAGAAAUCGGGAGACUUCAUCAGUUAACCAACAUUUAUCUCUAUGACAACCAGAUUUCAGGACAGAUCCCAAGGGAGCUGACGAACUGCACAAAGCUGACAGAUAUCGAUUUCUUCGGUAACCAUUUCACUGGUCCCAUUCCUGAGACUAUCGGCAAGCUGAAGAAUCUCGUUAUGCUUCAACUGAGGCAGAAUGGCUUGUCAGGUCCAAUCCCACCAAGUUUGGGGUACUGCAGAAGCCUGGAGAUAUUGGCAUUGGCAGAUAACAAACUUUCAGGAACUUUGCCACCAACGUUCAGAUUCCUUUCGAAGCUCUUCAAAGUAACUCUUUACAAUAACUCCUUUCAGGGUCCUCUCCCUUCAUCUCUUUCCCAAUUGAAAAACCUCCAGAUCAUAAACUUCUGCCACAACAGGUUCAAUGGCAGCAUCUCUCCUCUCUUGGGAUCAAGCUCUCUUUCUGCCUUGGACUUAACCAACAAUAGCUUCUCAGGACCAAUCCCUUCAAUGCUAGCCUCGUCAAUAAACCUGACCCGUCUUCGCCUGGCACACAACCAUCUCACUGGAACCAUCCCUCCUGAAUUUGGCCAGCUCACCAAUCUCCAGUUCCUCGAUUUAUCCUUCAACAAUCUCACAGGCGAACUGAGUGAAGCUCAAUUCUCAAGGUUCAAAAAGCUUCAACAUUUCCUGCUGAGCAAUAACCAGCUCACAGGGAUAAUGCCUUCCUGGCUGGGCACCUUGGAAGAACUCGGAGAGCUCGAUCUCUCAUCCAACAACCUCCACGGCGACAUACCAAAAUCCCUCGGCAACUGCUCAAACCUACUCAAGCUCUCUCUCCACGGAAACACCCUCACGGGUUCAAUUCCAGAGGAGCUCGGCAAUCUCACUUCUCUCAACGUCCUCAAUCUCCAGCGAAACAACAUUUCAGGCACUAUCCCUAAAACGAUCGAAAACUGCAGGAAGCUGUUCGAGCUCAGGGUUUCCGAAAACUCACUCACCGGUUCGAUUCCAGACGAGAUAGGGAAACUUACCGAGCUGCAAGUGAUACUAGAUCUCAGCCACAACUCCUUCUCCGGCGAAAUCCCGACCUCCCUCGGAAACCUAAUUAAGCUGGAGAGGCUGAAUUUUUCGUGCAACCAUCUCCAGGGUAAGAUACCCAGCUCGCUCGCCAAGCUCACCAGCCUCCACAGGCUGAACCUGUCGAACAACGACCUUCGAGGGCGAAUUCCCGAGACGUUCUCCGGUUUCCCCGUCAGUUCGUUUCAGGGGAACUCGCCGGAGGGGCUGUGUGGCCGGCCGAUGGAGGUGUGUUUGAAAUCAGGGGGAAAGAAGGGGAUGUCGAAUGCUGCAGUGGUGGGGAUAAUUGCUGUGAUUGUUUUCUCGUCGACGGUGAUAUGCUUGGUGAUGGUGUAUAUAAUGGUGAGAAUGUGGUGUCACUGGAGGGAAGUCGCGAUAUCCUCCACCGUGGACGGCGGCGGUGGAGCGGGAAGAGAGCAGAGGAGAGAAAUGAGGGGAAGGAAAGGUGGUGAUGAUCAGUUCUGGAAAUUGAGCCAACUGGUUCAGUGAAAGAUACUGCUCUGAAUUCUGAUGAUCGUUUUUUUGAUCAGUUCUCUCUGCAAUUCUCGGCGCUGUUCAUGAGACGUUUGGAAUAUUUGGAAAGAAGCUGUGGGUUCAAGUUUUAUUGGGUCUAGGAGUCGGGGCCCAAUUUCCCAAGCCCAAUUCUUCUUGGGGUUAAGAGAUUGGGGUGGGCUGGAUUUAGAUUAGUUGGGUGUCUUAUUAGAAAGCUAUUUUCUGACGGAAGUUAAAAAGCGAUUGUCAAUUUGUUUCAUUAAAAAGUGGUAUAGAUAAAUUGCAAGUUUGGUUACUCACACUGUGACUGUUAAAUUAUUUCACUUUUUUUUAAAAAAAAAUUGCUUCAUUUUUGGCCUAAUUUGGUCAUGUUAUCAGUGUUAUCUACAUGUUUUGGAUAGUUAUCAUGAUGUACGCCAAAAACAAAAUUGUGUGAUGGUACACCUAAAACAAACAAUAUUUUGGUAAGAUGAGGGUUGAAAUAUUAUAAGUGGUACGAGAGUCUCUUCUUGUCUCUCUUCAAUGAUGGUACGGUAAACCUCAACGAGAACUUUGAGUCCCGAAAGGGAGUGUAAUGUAACGCAUUAGGCAAAUCUCACACCAACAAAGUACAAGAAUGAUUCGUGAUUCAUAGGAACAACCCCAACAUUCACUGCUAAAAUGAGUUUUGUAGUGUGGAGCACUAUGCUAGCAAAAUUAUUAAAGUUAUUUUGGUCAAACACCACUCCAUUUCCUUCCAAGGCACAUCAACAACCCGAGACUUUGAUCAUCAUCAUCCAAAUUCAAAACAUGAAGAGAGAGAAAGAGAAGUUUCAGGGAGAGAGACACAAGACCUUAUACGCGUCGCCGAAGAGAUAAAUUGUGGUAUGAUCAAGGGAUGGAGUGGAUGGUGUUAAUGAUUGCUCAAUCGAAGCUCUCAUCGUUUACAAAGAUGUAACUGAUAACACACUAUUUUAUACAUAUUUUCAUAUCCUUUUUAAUGUCUCUUGUUUGACCAUUUUAGCCAUAUUCCUAUGUUUUGCCAGCUUUAUGCUUGAUUUGUUGUUUUAGUGUGUUUCAAGCCAUUAGAACUUAAUUUUGCGAUAUUUGGAUAAGAAAUGCACUAAUGAAUAGAUAAAUUGAGUUUGGGAUGCUCCUAGAGUUUUUUUAGACGUCUUCGGGGUCAAAUUUACUAGCCCAACAUGGCCCAUAACACGGUUGUGCCCCAAGGUGUGCCCAUUCCUGGAGUUCGAAACCGACUGCAAACACGUACGGUCGUGUUCUCUACCAUUUAAGCAUAUUUCAGGGUUUUAGAAGGGGGACUUCAACCAGUUUUGACUUAAAACCUAAAAUACGAGUUAGAAGGGGGAAAAGAUUUUCCUGCGGUUCAACCCCGGAGAAGUCUAUUAUCAAUGAAGCAAUCAAUCAUGGAGAUCAUCACUCAUUAUUCUUUUUGUAUCUACAUCCCUUAUGAACUAAUCUCCCUCGUGGUUUGGAUGAGUUGAACCCUUAAUUAGUGAUUAUGAACUUAUGAACCCUCAACCACGUUGAAUAUGGGCGUAAGCCGUAAAGGAAGGAAGGUCUCAGUUGCAGCCCCAGUUGGCCAAAACUUGUGAGGGAAUUUGAAGAAAGUAGACUCUGCCAUACUGAAAUCAGCUAUUGCAACUCUAUUCGGCCAUCUGGAAAAAGAGUUGAGCAAGCAGGUCCAUUUGAGGUUCAAUUUUGCCGGCGAUUUCGGCUCCGAUCUCCGGCGUCGCAGCACAUUGAAAAUGUUAAUGGGGAAUAAAAAUAAUUGGAAUGCGCAUCCGGGGAAUCGAACCCCAGUCAGUACCGUGGGAGGGUACUAUGAUACCACUACACUAGAUGCGCUAACGGCGUAAUGUUCUAGAGUAAAUAUAAUAUGUUCACUACUCUAGAUACGCAUUAGAUGGCCUUAACCAACGUCGAUUAGGGCUUUCUAAUGAGUCCUAGAAUGAACCCUAGUAGGCUGGCAUGCCAUGUGGUAAUUUUUUCGAGUUGAAUGUUAUGGGUAUGAUUUUUGCGAAAAUUCCGGCUAAGUCAUUGAUAAUUUCUAUUUAUAUUCAUACGACAUCUAGUAAAGAUGUACCGGCUGGUGGCUACAUCAAUGUUGUUGCUACUGUAAUUUCAAUAUCAAUCAUUAAUCCAAUCGAGAUUGUCAUAAACCAUAUUCUGACCCUAUAUGCUUGAGUGAACACUUUGCUUGAAUCAUUUCUCCCCCUACCUUAUAAACCUAUGCAUUCUUUUUCUUUCUAUCUUGGAGGCAAAACAUAAAAAAACAACAAUAUCAAGUCUCACAACGAGGUGUAGAUGGAAUUUAUCUCAUUUUUUCGUCUUAAUUAAUCUAUUGAAUUUUCAGGAAACUCUCACUAACUAUUAAUACGAAGUAGGAUAUAUGUGCUUUCUUGGGGUUUCAAGUUGAAUUACAAAAUUCCCCAUCUAAUUGGUCUCGAUUUAGAAUUUUCACCGCGUUGCCAAGAAAAUUUUCUGACUGAUCACUUUCUACUGACCUACAAGCUUUUAUAAUUUACUUCUUAAAUCUUGUAUAUUGGUUUUAACUAUUUUAUUUCUCUGCUUUCAUAUUUAUUUAUUUAUUCUCUUCCCACUUUCAGGGCCCUGUUGGUUAUGAAUAUGCAGGCCCAUUGAAUUUCCGAACUCGGGGGAGGAUUGGGCUAGAUUUGGACCCGCUGGAGAAAGAAAAAAAAAAGUGACAGCCACACAGGAAAUUAGGUCAAGAGUUUAGAGCCACCUAUCUGCUAGGUUCAAAAAUCACAAACUCCUUCUUAGCAAAUUUGUGGUCCAAUAGAAAGUUAUCAGAAGAAGAAAAAAAAAACCCACCACAGUUAAAAAUUUGAGAUGUUAAAAAACUUUGAAAGAUUUGUGCACAAAUAUACAAUAAGCCGGUCGCUAAUCAAAGAUCAAAACAACAGACUGUAUCAGAUAAGCUCUUUAAACUCUUUAGUGCAUUCGAAUUCUCAAAUUGAUAUAUGCAAAAAUAUGGCCGCUCUGCCCAAAUCCCUCAUUAGUAUGUAACCAACGAGGUGUCGCACGCGGAUGGAAGUCUUUUGCAUAAACAUGAAUGAUGAUA